CAAUUCCAGCGCCCGGGGAGUGCUCGCAGCAGUGUCUCCAUUGCUUCACAGUGUAACAAGCAGUUCAUCAAACUGAAUUGGGAUGAGAGUCUUUCCUUUUCUCCCAGCUGCAGCUGUUUGCAGAUAAAUUGACAUGAUGUGGACCAACAAGUCCAGUGAGGUGGCUCAGCAGAAUCCAAGGCAUAACCAAGCCAAGGAUUCGACCAGAGAUCCAACUGCAGCAUGGGCUACUCCUUCUCAGACUAAGGCUGCUCUACGGCACAUAGAGAACAAAUUGGAAAUAGCUCCCACCAGCACAGCUGUGUUUGAUUCUGUCAUGGAUGCUAAGAAGCCCUCUGCUAGUACCAGCAGGAAAACAAACAGGAAAGCUUCCCGGUCUUCCAGCCAAACUAAACCAGGCAAGGAGAAGUCCUCACGCAGUCCUCUUCGAGCCACAACCCUUGAAAGCAAUGUGAAAAAAAGCAACCGGGUGGAAUUUCGUGAACCGUUGGCUUCGUACAGCAGGGAUACACUGAGUUCUCUGCCGCAUCACGGUUCUGGCCAAGUGGAAGCCAAGCAACUUCUGCCUUGUUUGGACUUCUGUGAAGCAGAAGGGAAGGCUGAAGUAAUGGGCCGUGUGAUACAUGACAGAGAUGAACAGGAUCUCCACAGAAGAGAUUUUGAAAGUCCGUGUUCUUCUGCUGCAGAUGAGACUGUUGUUAGGUAUUUAAAUGAUGGACCAGCAAUUGAUGCCUUGCAAAAUGAGGCAUUUCUUAAAGCUGCACCACCUCCAAGAUUGGAAGAGGAAAAAACUAGCAGCUCCAGAGGAGAUGAGGGUAACACUAAAGCUCCUCUGAGUAACACGUCCCAAGAUGGUGAUCUGAAAGUGUCUUUCCCUUCUUCCACGAGUACUGCUGCUCAUAGGCUGGAAAUCUUGAAACGGCAGCAGCAUGAUGCUAAGCUGGAGAAGCUGAAGGAGCGGAUUCGUAAGCAGUGGGAGCUUUCUGAAGAGCUGGGUGGCAGAGGCCAGCACUCAGGAUUUGCUGAACAGCCUGUAGUGGUCACAAAUGUGGAGAAUACUGUUAUUCCCAAAGUCAGGAAAGUGGCAGCUGCACCUGCUGCUCCAGCAUACAAAGGUUUUAAUCCUGCGGAAGCUAAAAUUCGUGCUCCAGAUGGAAAGAUCUGGCAUGAGCAAGGAUUUCACGUUGGUCGGGAGCUGUAUACAGAUAUAGCACUCCAGUUAACAGAGAAUUCAACAAAGAAAGAAAAACCUGGUGAGAGAAACAAAGAGAGAAAAGCAUCCAGACCGGUGCGGAAAGUUCAGAAACUGCCACAGUCGUCAAAUCCAGAUUCCAAACCAGGUGGAAACUAUGUAAUAAGUGCAUCCUCCUGGCGGGAGGGACAGAAGCUAGUCAGAAAGCUACUGGGUCCAGCUCCCAAAAUAGGACACGACAGAAGAGCUGUAUCUAGUGACAGAAUGGGGCGAGAGCGAACUGCCAAGCCUGGUCGUAUUGGAAGGACGGGUUCAGAUUCUAGACUGGUUGUUACACAGAAAGCCUCUUCAAGAAGUUCUGAGCGGUCGAGGAGUAAAGUACGAUCUGGGAACAAUCUGAAGAAAAAGGAAUCUGCUCUUCCAGGUGAUACCCAAGAUGAUCAUGCCUCUGUGAAUAAGGACUUCCUGACCUUGGAGAUACGUGGAAUUCUUGAUGACUUGCAGUUGGAUUCCCUGCUUACAAAGCAGGAAAAAAAUGUGGAAAAGCAGAAUCCGAAGUCUGCUUUGCCUACUCAAAAUACCAGGAGCCACAGUCCAACCAAAAGGAAACCAGACAAGGUAGCUGCCAGUGAGGAGCCUCAAGUGAUCUCUAGGAAACGUCACUAUGAUACAGAUGAGGUUCGUCAGUACAUCAUCAGGCAGCAAGAGGAAAGGAAGAAGAAACAGAAUGAAGAGAAGAAAGCACAAAAAGAGGCAACGGAGCAGAAGAACAAAAGACUCCAAGAACUCUACAGAAAGCAAAAGGAGGCUUUUAAAAAAGUCAAGAGCGUGCCUCCUCCUGAACCUCCGGCAGCUAAACAGUUACAAGAAACUUACUCUAAACUGUUGUUGGAACAUACAUUUUUAAAAGAGCCCUCUCAGCAGCCUACAGUGCAGGAAACACAGCCCAGACCUGGUUAUCAGCCAUCUGGAGAAUCUGACAAAGAAAACAAGGCUCAAGAGCGUCCUCCUAGUGCAUCUUCAAGUAGUGACAUGUCACUGUCGGAACCUCAGCAGCAGCAGCCACUACUGAGAAGUGACUUCGUGGAACCUUCACGGGUACAGCCGGACCGGUUGCGCCCAAGAGUCCAGCUCUCUCAUCCACAAACUCUCAUGGACUUGAGUGGAGGCCCUUGCUCACAACCUCGCAGUCUGGAGCAGAUGGGACUUUUGUCGAAGGAAUGUGAUGCAGCAUUAGCAGGCAGGAAGAGCCACACUGCACCCAUGGGUUUGCUGAGCCUCAUGGCUCAGCCGUACUUGAAUUCAACUGCUGCACAGCAAAAUCUUUUAAGAAAACACUCUGCUAACCAAUAUAAGAGUAAAUUAGAUCGGAUUGAAGCUUUAAAAGCUACAGCUGCUUCCCUUUGUAGCAGAAUUGAAAUUGAAGCCAAGAAGUUGGCUGGGGCUGGUCUCAAUUUUGGUACCAUGUGGAAAUUGGACCAUGAAUUUGUGCAAGAAAACCAGGAUGACAGACGGUGGGCAAAGGCUGUGAGUCCUCCUGUGAGGGAGGAAAAUGAAGGUGCUUUUUCAGCCAGAAUUCAAAAGAUGCUGGGUACCUGUGUGUCUCACACAGCCUUUGAAGACAACCUUCCUGGAGUAGGCAACCUUGGUGAGUUUAAAAAGCUCCCUGAGACAAUCAGGCCUCAUACUGCUGCAGUCAGCCUUGGAAUGAGGUCCCCCACUGGACAUUUGUCUAAGAGACUGGCUGAUUCCCUGGGACGUGAAAACCAGGCGUAUAGUCAGAGCAAAGCUGUAAUUCCUCGAGAGUCCAGCAUUGACUCCAUCAGCGAAGGGCCUCUCCUGUGUGACGAAAGCCUCUCUGAGGAGGAGGGAGACCAGCACAAACAGCUGCCACUGAAGAUUCUGGACACAUUGAAAGAGAGAGAUUUCUGUGUUCGGGAGAGGAAUGCUUUUGAGCCCAUAAAAGAGUUUCAGAAAGAAGCUGAGAAGUAUCUGCCGCUUCAACCUCAGACAAGUGGCACGCACAGCAAGGGGUCGUGGGAAGAGCUAGCCAAGGGAAGCCCACACAGUGUCAUCAACAUCUUUGCAAAAAGUUACCACCUUCAUGGCAAGGUGUUUGAUGAAAGAUCAAAUGGAGGAUCUUCCCUUCUGCGCCCUUUACUCCCUGCCGUGAGCCCUCCAGAAAGCGUGGUUUCUUAUGAGGAUGACUUUGACUGUUCACCGGGAAGCAGCACUUUAACAGACAAAAAGAUUGCACGUGACCUCAGUCUGUUCCAUUUUAGUGUUGCAAGCAGCAGUAAUUCAAGCAUUCAGGAAGAGCUUCCUAGUGGGAAGUCUCCCCGUGAAUCUCGAUCUGUCGAACUUGCAUCUCAGCAUUCAUCUGGACCCAGAUCUGCAGCAUCUUCUCACUCAUCUACUUCAUCUAAAAAGAGAGGGAAAAAAGAACGGUUGGAGUCUUUCAAUGGAAGUUCUCACCACAUUCCUGUGGGAGAAGAUAAAAUUCAAUCUGAACUGGAGUGGGGAUCCCAACAAGCAAAGAAGUCCGUAUCGAGUAGCAGACUUCCUAAUAAAGACUAUGAGCAGAACACGGAUACUGACAACACAGUAGAAAAUUUGUCUGGACAAUCCAUGUUGAGUUUCUCAGACAGAGGAAGAUCUCAGAAGACACCAACUUCUUCCCCAUCUCCAAGUUCCCAAAAAAUUAUGCAGUUUGAUUCUGUAGUCAAUACAGCAGAGAGAGCCAAGUCACCUUCUGGCUUUGCUGGAAGCGCAGCAUCGGGGCAGAAGUCUAACCUAGCCUUCUCUGACUUGAGUCUGGGAGCUAGUAGACCUGCAGCAGGAGUAGCCUCAGCGAGUGGAUGUAUGCGAUUCUCCCCUGCUGCUCUUCAGCAUCGUUUGUCAGCAGAAUUGAACUACCUUACUGCCAUUGAAGAGUCUGUGCGACAGCUUUCAGAUGUGGAACGAGUACGAGGCAUAUCACUGGCCCAGCAGGAGAGCGUUUCUUUGGCUCAGAUUCUAAAGGCACAACAGCAGCGUCAUGAAUGGGACGUAACUCUCUUGAAAAUGAAGGCUGAACAGGAAGCUUUAAAAAAUAAGAGACAACUGGAAGAGGCAAGGCAGAAGGCAGCUCAGGCCCAAGCAGAGACACUGCAUCAUCUGGUCCAAUCACGACAGGGGGCCGCAGAAGUGCUUCAGGAGACCAGGUGCAAGGCUGCAGCCAAGCAGGUGGAAACUGCACUUUUCACUACAGAUACGGGCCACCAGGUCCGUGAGAUGAUGGAGCUGGCACGAACCCAGAUCUCAGAUACUGUCAGUGCUCCAGCUGCUCCAGUCACCACUUUGUUUGACCACCAGCGGCAGCAUCACUCAGAGUUCAUGAAACAACUGAGAGGCCGACCUGAUACAAACAGGAAAUGUGAGACCGCUACCAUGUCACAAAGUAAAGAGGCAGGUGACUCAAAACAGACUUACUCACUAGCAUUUGAUAGUUAUUCAGAGUCCUCGAGAUCAAAGGUUCACGAUCGGAGUAGUACCAGCAGUCGCCAAGAGAGUCCUUCUGUUCCGUCUUCUAAAGAGAAUGAGAAAAAACUUCCCCAUCGUGAAAAGAUAACCAGCAGCAUUGAGGAGCAGGCUCAUACUGGUGCGGACGAUUCCUUGCCUAGUGAUAGUAUUUUAUCACUGCCAGAUGAAAAAGAUUCUGCUUCCAUUGCAACUGAGUAUUCCCUGAAAUUUGAUGAGUCUAUGACAGAGGAUGAGAUUGAAGAGAAAUCUUUUCGGUCUUUGCUGCCCUCUGAAAGUCAUCGUAGAAUUAACUUGGAGAAGAAGCGCGGUAAUCGCGAUGAUUCUGAUGAGGAAGUCUCCCCAGAAAAAACUGCUCUGUCAUCUAUCAAGGAGCUAAGCAUGCCUUUCUCAGGAGGACAAGAUAGUUUCUCUAAAUUUACUAUGGAGAUGGUAAGACAGUACAUGAAGGAGGAGGAGGUGCGAGCAGCUCAUCAGUCCUCGCUACUUCGGCUCCGGGAGAAGGCUCUGAAAGAGAAGACAAAGGCUGAGUUAGCUUGGUUGGAGCACCAGAGGAAGCAUUUGCGAGACAAGGGAGAGGAUGACAAGAUGCCCCCUAUUCGAAAGAGGCAGCGUGGUCUUCUGCUGAGACUACAGCAGGAAAAGGCAGAAAUUAAGCGUCUUCAAGAGGCCAACAAGGCUGCUCGGAAGGAGAGACAGCUAAUCCUUAAACAGCAGGCAGAAAUAGAACGAAUCCGUCAGACUACAAUGAAACUGCAGGAAAAAUUGAAAUCUGCAGGAGAAAACAAGCUUGAACUUCACAGUGAGGAUGACGUCAAGCAGAGCAAUGGUUCUAGCCUACUUCUAACUGAUGCAGAAACACGCAGCCCUUCUCCAAUAUCUAUCUCCAGCAGUGAGACCAGUAGCAUCAUGCAGAAACUUAAAAAGAUGCGCAGCAGAAUGGAUGAGAAACACUGCUCUCCUGUUCACUACUUCUUCUCUGUCUUUACGUCUCACCACUGGGCCUCUCUCAGUGUCUGUUUUCCCAACCUCCACCCCAAAUUCCAGCUGUAUAUCUACAACCAAUUGGUCAGGUUCCUAACUAAACGAGAACAGAAGCUGAUGCAGCGUCGACAGAAUGCUGAAGAACUGUUGGAGUGGAAACGCCGUCUGGAUGCAGAGGAAGCAGAAAUACGGCAGAUAGAAAAGCAGGCUUUGGCUGCCUGGGACAAAGAGCUGCUUAAAACCAAAGCGGCCAAGAAAGAACUGGGGGAUCUGAGAGCUGAGCCCAAAGAAACAGCCAGUGAAGAAGAGUCUCCAGUGCCUUCUUGCUCUUGUGUGAACAGUGAAAGCUCAGUCCCAGAAGAGCUUGGCAGUCCAGCUGCAGAAUCCGUCCCAUCAGCGACGAUGGGCCAUGGACAGCCAGAAAGCCCAGAUCGGAGUGCAGUUAAUGAAGACAUUAUUUAUUCUGAAGACUUCAAGUCUUCUACCUCACCUGACAAACUUACUCCUCCCAAAAGCAGCAUAUCUGUAUCAAGGCAAGAUUCCAGCAAAGGCAGCCAUAGAUCUGGGGGACAGCUCCGUUCUCCUGUGAAGUCUCAUCAGAUAUCUCACAAUUGGUCUGAUGAGUCUUUAUCUAUGACACAGUCAGAAACAACUUCUGAUCAAAGUGAUAUUGAAGGACGGAUCAGAGCCCUGAAGGAUGAACUACGGAAAAGGAAGUCUGUGGUUUACCAGCUGAAAAAGGAACAGAAAAAGAGGCAAAAGGAAAGACUGAAAGCACAGGAGGCCAGUCUGAUCAAACAACUGGAGUCAUAUGAUGAGUUUAUCAAGAAGACUGAAGCAGAGCUGAGCCAAGAUCUGGAGGCAUCACCCACAGCCAAACCUCAGAUUAAAACUCCAUCCUCUGCUGCUGCUGAAAAACCUAAGAUCAAGGCACCACCACUCCAUAGGCCAGAGACAGCUAAAAACUGGAAAUCACUGACUGAAUCAGAGAGAUCAAGAGCAUCUUUGGAAUCCAUUGCAGAGCACGGAGAUGUUGUAUCAUCAAAAACUGAGAGAUCUGUGUCUUUGCACACUAAGAAGGAGGCUGUGACAGAUGUUCAUGCAGAAGAACCUUCUGGAACAUCUUCGUCAGUUUCAAUGCCACCAAGUAGUUCCAGAGCAGGAUUUGGUGAUUCCCUAGAGAAGGUGUCCUCAUCAUCUCCUCUCAAAGACAUAAAAGACAUAAGCAAGAUAUCCCAUGGGUCAGUAAGCACUGUGGAAAGUGUAUCCAAGGAGGAGGCUGUCCUCAGUCACAAAUCUGAGAUAUCGGAGAACUUGGAAUACAUAAAAUCAGAGGAAAAUGAGCUUGAAGAUUCUCAUGUUAAGUCUCUGGAACAUUCAGAUGUCUUGUUAACAUUAGAUAAAAAACAGGAGAGAUCACUGGACAUCCUUCCAGAGAAAAUCCUCCAUUCCGAAAACGAACCUUCUCUAAAGGAACCUUUUUGUUUGACUGUGGAAAGCCUUCAUGGUGGGAAAGAAAUCUUAGAAGAGAGACUGGCAGACAAAGAUGCUGCAACUGUCCCAAGCGUAGAAGAAUCUUCUCACAAACUGAGCAUAUCAGCAGAAGAAAAAGAUAAUCUGCUUUCAAAGCAUUUGUGUAUUCAAAAGGAGUCAUCAUACAUUGAAGACUUUGAAGGAUCCUCUUCCAGGAAACAGCCAUCAAUUGAAGAAGCACUUGCUGUGGAAGAAUACGAAGAUGAUUUUGAAGCCUCUCUUUCAUCUCAGGGGGGUCAAGGGGACUCUCAGUCACUGCAAGAGCAGUCCCUGCUCACACAAACCAGCAGAAGCAGAUCCACCAGCAGAAGCAGAUCCACCAGCCUUGGCAGCGAUGAUGAAAUCAGUGAAUGCCUCAGUGACAGAUCUCUCUCUCUCUCUGGCAGCGUGCAUUCAGAGAGGUUAUUAGAACUUAAGUCCCCGACAGAACUUACAAAAAAUACUGAAUGCAGAGAUGCGGAGAAAGAUCAAGCUGCUGUUCAGUCACCACCAUGGCCCUCUGUUUCAGUGACAGAAGAAAUUGAUAGUUUGCCAAACUUCAGCAUAGAUGAUAGGGUCCUUGUAAGUAAAGUCCAACCUGGAACACUGCGAUUCAGAGGUGUGACUGAGUUUGCCAAAGGGAUUCGGGCUGGUGUGGAGUUGGAUAAGCCUGAAGGGAAUAACGGUGGAACUUACGAUGGUGUUAAAUAUUUUGAUUGCAAAGAAAAACAUGGUAUUUUUGCUCUUCCCCAAAAAAUGUCUCACAUUACAGAAAGUAUUGAUAGCCAUUUAGAUGCACAUGAGUACGAAGACUCAUCCUUUGAUGAUAGACUGGAGAAGAAAGGUAAAAAUGAGCAGAAAGACAAAGGAAUUUCCAAAACUAGCAAGGAAGAUGAAAGCCAAAGUAGAGAUGCAACAGAGACCUCUUCUCAAGGUAAAGCUGCUGCAGACACAGCUGUUUCAGAAACCUCAGCUGGAAAAAACAUUGAUGAGGUCUCAUUUUCCAAAGCAAAUGGCAUAAGGAUUUCUGUAGCUGCCAAAUCCUUUGCCCAAGAGCAGUCUGUGGUGGCUUAUCUGAAGCAUGCUGUAACAGAGGAAACCAGCCUUACUCCUCCCAUUUUUGAUGUCACAGAUAAGUUUUCCAGCGUUCAGUUGGAUGACAUCUCAGAUUUCUUUUCUGAAAAGUUGGAGAGACAGAAAACACUGGGGGAAGAAUGUUGUGAGAAGUUAAAUGAUCUCUCUCCUGGAGUUGUGGAGAAGCCUGCAACUCCGCUUCUGGAUUUGCUGACAAAAGAAAAGAAUCAAUUAGAAGCUCAGCUUAAAAUACCAUUUGAAGAGGAAGAAAAAUCCAAAAACCAACUGGAAAAGGUCAGUUUGCUCACAGACAGUCUGCUUAAAGAUUUUGUGAAAGAUACAGUCGACCAGUUACAGCAAAUAAAGAAGAUCAGGAAUGAGAAAAUCCAGCUCAGCAACCAGGAGCUCUGUGAUGCAAAGGUGCACUGCAGUACCCCAUUCCAGGAGGUAGAAGAGCAGAUUUCUGAUGGACUGGACAAUUUUUUUCUAAGUUCGGACUUGGAAGAUGACAGAGAAGAACUUUCUUCCCCAGACAUGUGCCCCAGACCAGAGAGCCCGGUGUUUGGUGCCAGUGGUCAGGAAGAGCUUGCCAAGAGGCUGGCGGAGCUGGAGCUCAAUCGCGAGUUCCUGAGUGUGCUGGGAGAUGAACAAGACUGGUUUGAUGAAGACUAUGGCCUAAGUUCCCGUAAGGUCCAGCAGAAGCAAGCCGAGGAACCAGCGGUGCUGCCCAAGGUAAAACCAGAGAAAGUUCCACCAAAGCCAUGCGAGGAGCUUUUGGCAGUUCCUCAUACUGCGGUUGAGGUGGAAAGUUUGGUGCAUGCAGCAGCUGAAGAACUCUGGAAACUGAAAGAGCUGGGUCACGAUCUUCAAAGUUUCAGCUUUCACACUGACUUUACCACUACCAUCAAAGACUCGAUAAACAAGCAGGUCUAUAAAAAGGUGGUAUUUGAUUUAACAAAAGAGAUCUUUGGGGAAAUCUUUGCUGAGGAUCCUAAUCUUAAUCAACCUAUUUGGAUGAAACCAUAUCGGAAUGCGUCUGCUUACUUUCGCCGAGUGAAGGAUCCAAAUGAUUUGGAUGAGAUCAAGAACUUCAUUGCAGCUGAAGUACUGAAGCUUUUUAGUCUAAACAAAGAGCCUAAUAACAAAACAGACUGGCAGAAGAUGAUUAAAUUUGGGCGGAAGAAACGAGACAGAGUGGAUCAUAUAUUGGUGCAGGAACUCCACGAGGAGGAAGCCCAGUGGGUGAAUUACGAUGAGGAUGAACUGUGUGUAAAAAUGCAGUUGGCAGAUGGGAUCUUUGAGACCUUGAUCAGAGACACUGUUGAGGUACUGAGCCAGGUAGCAAUUAGGAAGGGAAGGCAGAAACCCGCAACACAGCUCUGUGGCUGGAGUAUCAGAGAAAUGCAGCUGGCUUUUGUCCCCUGAGUACCAUGACCAGUGCUGAGGAGGGUGCCAGGCAUCAGAAAGCUCUCCAGCUGUCCUCUGGGGCUUCUGUGGAAUAUCCAGCAGCAGGAGAAGGUUGUGCAGCUCACCUGCCAGGGACCUUUGGAGAUCGUAUGCCUGCUGUCUGACUGCUAUGGAUCAGCAGUAGAUCAGUGCCCUCACCAGAAGUAGUGAGUAGCUGUCUUUACAGCUGUUUGGACAGAAGAGAACUCUGUAUAAAAAACGGCUUUAUUCCUGUGCACACAUCACCUUUUCUUUUUGGUAACCAUCCUUGACAGGAACAAGCCGAAGAAGACUUGAACAUAAGUAAUUUAUCUUCUCAGUACCUCACGUGUGUUGAGCUUCUUUUAGUUGAGAGUGUGCUCAAUACCUCGGGUGUGUUGAGUUCCUUUUGGACCGGUGAUGACGGUGACGAAGCGAUGGUCUGCCUGGGUCGUGUCUGAUAACAGGUAUGGGGGAGCCUGGAGUCUUAGGAGCAGAGGCUGAGUUCUGUACGUCUUUCCCCUCCCAAACUUCCUACUUAGAAGAGCAAGAUGAUACUGCUGGGUCUCGGCUAUCAUAGCACAGCCACAUUAGGAGCUUCAGGGCUGAGAGGUUCUCCUGUAAGCUCCUGCAGGCAGCGGCUGCUGGCACUGGGGGACGUGGUUCCCUUUUGGAAAGGAUCUCUGCGCCGUGGGGAAAGCCCAGCUGCCUUUUGGAAGAGGGAAUGAGGGAUUGGAAAAUCCCAUCUUGUUCACUUUCCUUUCUUGAAAAAGUGGCCUUAGCUUUUUGCAAUACUUGAAUAAGUGUGUAGCUGCAGAAGAUCUUCAGUAGCACAGAGACAGAGACCUCUUAGGUGACUAUUCUGCACGGAACUGAGCGCAGUUCUGACUUUCAUAUCCCUUUGCUACCUUCAGAACAUUAGGAAUACAGAGUACUUUUCAGCAGAGAAGCAGUUGGAUCUUAUAAGGCAUUUAGUGCAUCUGAAGUGUUUACAAAUGAACUGAAAUGGAGAAAAGCAAACUAGUGAACUUAUUUGUAAUUUAAACGCGAAAUGCGAAAAUAUAUACAGAUGAAAGAGGAAUACUGUAAUUAACCUGCGUUUAAUAGUUUGUUUCCUUGACUUUGCAGAGCCUUUUGAUAUACACUUGCAAAGCCGCCUUUGGGGAGGCUCUGUCUCCCCAUGUACUGUGUUGUGGAGAUACUCAAAGGAAACCUGUUUACUGUGUACGUGUAAAUAACCUGGUCACUUGGUUCUUGGGCCAGUUUCUGCAGACGUUCACAUCCAGAGCAGUUUUGCACGGUAGACAGACCCAAGGAUGCGGAGGCGUUUUUGUAAUUAAGAGCUGUAAAAUAACCAGGGUGCUCCCUGUGUACACCAGUGUAAAUAUCUUUGGUAACUGAAAUGUACUUUAAGAGAACAAAAUCUGUAAAUAAACUGAUUUAUAAAUUAA